AUGGUUGGCGUAUCUAAAAGUCACUACUCACCACUUGGUGCUACGUACGGGGUAAGGGCAGAUCAAUUUUUAGAGACUGCAGAUGAUUUUGACAAGUAUCAUUCGAAAUUGAACCGUAAAUUGCAGAAGUUGAGACACCAUUGCCAGCUGACUACAAAAGAUACUAAACGCUACUCUGCCAAGGAAAAGUACUCUAAAGUGACACACGAAGACUAUGACUCGAAAAACAAGCUUUUCGGGACAUUGAUGCUAUUGCACGCGGAAAGAGACUUAGCUUUAGCUGAAAACUUACGUCUCAAAGCCCGCCAGAGGGGAUCUGCCAAGAAAUCGGAGUCUAAAGUAGUUGCUACUAGGCUGAAAAAGGCGCGCGAGACGUGCUUGCAGCUUUUGGAACUUACUCAGAAUGAGCAGAAUCCAAUAGUCCGCGCAGAGUAUCUCAUCUAUCAAAAAUUGGUCUUUGUCAGUUAUCUCAGCUUCGGGAAACCAUCCAGAACCAAAAACCCAGCCGCAUCCACUAUUGUAGCCAAAGAGCUAAGCUUAGUGAUCUCUGCUUUACAAUUCCUCGAGUCCACAGAACAUUUGAGCUCCGUGGUUGUCGGAUCAAUCACAUCGCAAUUCGAUUACCUCUUGAGAAAGCAUGUAAGUAGUGAUGUCUCUACAUCCAACGAGUUGCGCAGUUACAUUGCCAGGCAGGUUAAUGACAAUUCGGCCGACCCUCUAAUCUCGUUACUGUCGCAGAAUGGUUUUGCUUUACCUUCAUUGCAAGAAGAUGUCGAAAUGACUUCCGCGGUGACACAAGUAUCCUGGAGAAGAUUCUCGGCUGAAGUCAAGGACUCUAAAGUGGCUGAACUAAUAUCAGAGGCACAGGGGAUCGAAACUCAAGAACUAUCUCAAUUUAGCGAGGCAUUAGUCAAAUGGCAGGAAGCGUUAGUUUUGCAAAAAACUGCAAUGGAACAAAAACAAAACGACGAUCGUGAAGAAAGUGUUGGGGAGGACGAUGAAAUUUUGAUGACCUAUCUUCAAUAUAAUUCCCACUUCACCACAAUUGUACGUGAUGACAUAAUUUUCAACAGGCUAUGGGAACACUGGAUUUCACCCUCCAAGAUAUCCAAAAGUUUGAAGCUGACCAAGUAUAAAGAGAUUGAGCGUAUUGUUCACAACUUAACGUCGUACUUGCAGGAUGUGAUGGAUCUUCCGGGUGUAUACUCGGACGACACUUUAAUGGCCAAUCUCAAAUUGGCCACAGUUUACUAUCAGCUGCAUCUAACAGCAGGCUGUUUAGCGUCCUUCUAUCAGGGCAGACAAAAAUAUUCAGAGGCUCUUGCGCUCUACAUCGAUGGUCAAAAAACAUUGACAUUGGCGCUGGAAAAUUCUUCCCUAGAUGAACCUUUACCUGGAAACAUCAUCAACACGGAACAGCUUGAUAAACUCCAAGAGUACAUCAAAACCUCGCUGAAGAGCGUGAUCUCUCUUGCAGAAUACGAAAAGAUUGCAUCCUCGAGUAAUUGCUCGUCACUAGAGCCUUCGCUUUUAGAAAAAUUGGAUAAAGCCAUUGUGCCCAAAGAUGUUUCUCUGAAAAACCUGUUCCCCAUGAGACCUAUCAUCCGACCAGUAGCGGCCAAGCCAACUUUGUUUGACCUUGCUUUCAACUAUAUCACUUACGAUAACCAAAUAGAGGAUGUUGAUCACUUCAAACAAGCAAAAAGCACUCCAAAUUUGGCCCAGCCGCAAGAUCAAGAGCAAUUGCCCAAGAAGAAAGGUCUUUUCGGCCUUUUUGGCUUAUAG